AUGGAUCAUUGGUUAAAAACUGGUAGCUUUAGUAAAAGGAAAACUACAGAACCAACCGAUUCUCAAGACGUGCCGUCAUCGGUUACUAAUACAGCCGAAGAAAAUCCUAUGAAAAAAUUACCACAGGUUAGUGAUACUAAACUUCUUGUUCCACCCCCGGUAAAGAUAAAGAAAUAUAGUGAAGAUUAUUUGUCACAAGGAUUUUCAUUCGUUAUGAUAGAAAAUGUUCCUAGACCUGAAUGUGUUGUUUGUGGAGAAGUACUAUCUAAUGGUAGUAUGAAGCCUUCACUACUCACUCGUCAUUUGAAUACAAAACAUUCAGAUUUAAAGGACAAAAAUGUUACUUUUUUCAAACGUUUACUAGAAAAUAAAAAUAAGUGCAAUAUGCAUACCUACCUAUCUUCAGGUAGUACUAAUUCAGAUGCUCUUGAAGCAUCUUUUCGAAUUAGUUACCGUAUUGCCAAAAGUGGUAAAAAUCACACCAUCGGUGAAAAUUUGAUUUUGCCAAGCAUUAAAGACGCAGUUCCUUGUAUGUUCGAAAAAGACUAUGUCAAUAAAAUAAAUUCUAUCCCACUAUCAAAUGACACUGUCAGCCGUAGAAUCAAAGAUAUUUCUAAUGGCAUUGAGGAGACACUCCUGAUAUAUGAUAGUCAAUUAUUUUCCAUUCAAGUUGAUGAAAGUACUGAUGUUGCACAAUUAGCUGUUUUGUUAGUGAUUGCAAGGUAUUUGAAAGAAAAUGAAAGCAUAUAA